GUUUGGGGAGUGUCCUCCUCAGCGUUGGGCUUGAAUCUCCGUUGUGGAGGUUGCUGGGGGUUGCAGCAGCUUCCUGCAGAUCUGAGCGACUGUGUACGGUGGCGGAGGGAGCUGACAUGGACUGUUUGGGAGACCCGGAAGCUGAUAUGGAGAAUAUUCUGUCAUUCUCGGAUGUGGCCAUUUCUUUCUCUGAAGCGGAAUGUGAAUACCUGGGCCCUGCUCAGUGGAAAUUGUAUAGGGAUGUGAUGUUGGAGAAUUACAACAACCUUGUCUUCCUGGGUCUUGCUUCCUCUAAGCCAUACCUCAUCACCUUUCUGGAGCAGAGACAAGAACCUUCGGACAUGAAGGGACAAGCAGCUGCCACCAUGCCCCCAGGGGGAGAAUGCUAUAGAUGCAAAGAGUGUGGCAAAGCCUUUGAUUGCAAAUCAAAAUUUAAUAAGCAUCAGAGAAUUAGUUUACAUGGGAAGCCCUACAAGUGUGAAGAAUGUGACAAAACCUUCCGUUUUUCAUCAUUAUUUUCUGAACACAAGAAAAUUCAUACAGGAGAAAAACCUUACAAGUGUGAGGUAUGUGACAAGGCCUUUCAUGAUCCAUCAUUAUUUUCUGAACACAAGAGAGUUCAUACAGGAGAAAAGCCCUACAAAUAUGAACUAUGUGGCAAGACCUUCCAUGCUCCAUCAUUACUCUCUAAACACAAGAGAAUUCAUACUGGAGAAAAACCCUACAAGUGUGAAGUCUGUGGUAAGGCCUUUGAAUAUCUAUCAAAACUUUCUAGACAUAAGAAAAUUCAUACAAGAGAGAAACUAUACAAGUGUGAGGUAUGUGGCAAGGCCUUUCAUGAUCCAUUUUUACUUUCUGGACACAAGAAAAUUCAUAUAGAAGACAAACCCUACAAAUGUGAAGUAUGUGGCAAACACUUCCAUUAUCCAUCAUUACUUUCUAAACACAAGAGAAUACACACUGGAGAAAAACCCUACAAAUGUGAAGUUUGUGACAAAGCCUUCCAUGUUCCAUCAUUACUUUCUAAACACAAGAGAAUUCAUACUGGAGAAAAACCCUACAAGUGUGAGGUAUGUGGCAAGGCCUUUCAUUAUCCAUCAGUACUUUCUGUACACAAGAAAAUUCAUACAGGAGAAAAACCCUACAUGUGUGAAGUCUGUGGCAAGGCCUUUCAAGAUCUACCAAAACUUUUUCGACAUAAGAAAAUUCAUACAAGAGAGGAACUAUACAAGUGUGAGGUAUGUGGCAAGGCCUUUCAUGAUCCAUCAUUACUUUCUGAACACAACAGAAUUCACGCAGGGAAAAAACCUUACAAGUGUGAAGUAUGUGGUAGGAACUUCCAUUAUCCUUCAUUGCUUUCUGAACACAAGAGAAUUCAUACAGGAGAAAAACCCUACAAAUGUGAAGUCUGUGGCAAGCACUUUCAUUAUACAUCACUACUUUCUAAACACAAGAAAAUACAUACUGGAGAAAAACCCUAUAGGUGUGAAGUAUGUGGCAAGGCUUUCCGUGUUCCAUCAUUACUUUCUAAACACAUGAGAAUACAUACUGGAGAAAAACCCUACAUGUGUGAAGUAUGUGGCAAGGACUUCAAUUAUCAAUCAUUACUUUCUAAACACAAGAGAAUACAUACUGGAGAAAAACCCUACAAGUGUGAAGUAUGUGGCAAGGCCUUUCAUUGUCCAUCAUUAUGUUCUAAACACAAGAAAAUUCAUACAGCAGAAAAACCCUACAAGUGUGAAGUUUGUGGCAAGCACUUCCAUUAUCAAUCAUUACUUUCUAAACACAAGAGAAUACAUACUGGAGAAAAACCCUACAAGUGUGAAGUAUGUGGCAAGGCCUUUCAUUGUCCAUCAUCAUGUUCUAAACACAAGAAAAUUCAUACAAGGGAAAAACCCUACACGUGUGAAGUUUGUGGCACGGCCUUUCAAGAUCUACCAAAACUUUCUCGACAUAAGAAAAUUCAUACAAGAGAGGAACUAUACAUUUGUGAGGUAUGUGACAAGGCCUUUCAUGAUCCAUCAUUAUUUUCUGAACACAAGAGAGUUCAUACAGGAGAAAAGCCCUACAAAUAUGAACUAUGUGGCAAGACCCUCCAUGCUCCAUCAUUACUCUCUAAACACAAGAGAAUUCAUACUGGAGAAAAACCCUACAAGUGUGAAGUCUGUGGUAAGGCCUUCGAAUAUCUAUCAAAACUUUCUAGACAUAAGAAAAUUCAUACAAGAGAGAAACUAUACAAGUGUGAGGUAUGUGGCAAGGCCUUUCAUGAUCCAUUUUUACUUUCUUCACACAAGAAAAUUCAUAUAGAAGACAAACCCUACAAAUGUGAAGUAUGUGACAAACACUUCCAUUAUCCAUCAUUACUUUCUAAACACAAGAGAAUACACACUGGAGAAAAACCCUACAAAUGUGAAGUUUGUGACAAGGCCUUCCAUGUUCCAUCAUUACUUUCUAAACACAAGAGAAUUCAUACUGGAGAAAAACCCUACAAGUGUGAGGUAUGUGGCAAGGCCUUUCAUUAUCCAUCAGUACUUUCUGUACACAAGAAAAUUCAUACAGGAGAAAAACCCUACAUGUGUGAAAUCUGUGGUAAGGCCUUCCAAGAUCUACCAAAACUUUCUCGACAUAAGAAAAUUCAUACAAGAGAGGAACUAUACAAGUGUGAGGUAUGUGGCAAGGCCUUUCAUGAUCCAUCAUUACUUUCUGAACACAACAGAAUUCACGCAGGGAAAAAACCUUACAAGUGUGAAGUAUGUGGCAGGAACUUCCAUUAUCGAUCAUUACUUUCUAGACACAAGAGAAUACACACAGGAGAGAAAUUCUAAACUUGUAAAGUAUGUGGCCUGGUUUUCAAUUGCCCAUCAUUACUUUCUGAAAGCAAUGAUAUUUGACAGGUGAGAAACCUACAAUUGUGAGGUAUGUGGCAAGGCCUUUAGAAUUUUCCAGAUUCUUUCUACUCAUUUGAUAGCCCAUUCAAAUGUGAGGAAAGUGGAAAAGCCCUCUCUACAGAGUCAAUCCUGUGUCAGCACAAAUUAACUCACAAUACAGCCUUACAAAUAUAAAGAAUGUAGCAAAGUGCUCAACAAUACUAAAAACUUUAAUGAUCAUCAAAGAAUUAAUUCUGGAGAGACACCCUACAAAGGUAAAGAAUGUGGCAAAGACUUUAGAAGUUCCAGAUAGUUCUUACUGGAGAGAAACAUUACAAGUAUGAAGACUGUGGCAAAAUUUAUUACCAGUCUUCUGAUAUUAAGCAACAUUAAAGAAUUCAUUUGUGAGAGAAACUACACAAGUGUGAAGAAUGUGCCAAGUCUUUUGAACUUACUAAGAACUUUGGAAACUCUUCAUAAUUGGAUUUAAAUGGCACAAGUGAGAAAAAUAUUGCAAACCCUUUAAUAAGCUUCUAUUUCUCAACACAAGGUAAUUCAAAUUGGAAUGAAAGAAUAUGAAUGUCAAAGUGUUCAUAAAAUGUUUAUACUUCUUCAGGUCAUAAAAGAUUUCAAAGAAUUCAUUCUGAGUAGAAGUGUAUUUGUGUGAGAAACGUGGAAUCAUACCUUACAUAGCACAAAAGAAUCAAGAGUAGAGGGCAUUCAUACACAUGUGAAGAAUGUAAUGAGUUAUUUAUCAAUCAGUCAACAUUUCUGACCUCCAUAGAAUUUAUCCUGUAGAGAAACACUGUAACUUUGAAAGCUGUGACAAUGCCUUUAAGAGCUCCUCUUCCCUUGAACAAACUAAAGUACUCAGAGCAAUAGUCCUCCAAAUGUAGCGUACCGAGAAGGUUGUAUUUAUCAUUCACCCUUUAUUAUACAUCAAGGAAGUCAUACACGAGUCUCUGCAAAUAUAGAUUAUGGCCAGAUAUUUAGUUGUUUUUCAGGCCUGUGUCCACAUCAUAGUGUUCAUAUUGGUAAAGUGCACUGCAAAUGUUGUGAUUAUGGCAAGGCCUUUACAUGGUUUUCAUAUCCUCUGAGACUUCAUACUUGUGAGAAACUCUGUACACCUAAAUAAUGUGCAAAAGUCUUCAGUCAUAUCACUACUCAUCAACACAAAAGUCUGCACAUCCAAAUGAUGUGCCUUUGAAAAUAUUUUUAUUCUUCAACACCAAUGAAUCUUCACUGAUGAGAUGUUCUGCCAAUCCUGACGACCUAUGUUA